AAGAAAUAAAUAACAAAUAUCAUUACUCAAUUUACUGUAUUACACUGCCCCAGUGGCUCAGCGAUAAGGCUGAGGAUUUAUGACGCUAAAAUUUGGAUUUCGAGUAUAGAUAGCCCAUUGUGUGUAGAGUUAUGCGCUUACAAACAAGCAGUUAAAUGAACUUAAUUAGUGGCCUACGUUACCACGAAGGGAACCUUGUAAUGGUGUCUUCAAUAUAAAAAUUGCUUGUUUAAUAAACACAAUGAAGCAAGUGAGAUAGCGUUUAAGACAAAUAAAAGUAAAGCUGAUCAAACAACAGAAGAAAAUAAUAUAAACGAUAAACGCACCCGUAACUAAAAACAAAAUAGAAAUCGCUAUCUCACAGGGUAGCAAUAGCGCCAUCUAUGGUUUCAGCUCUUUACAUCACGCGACAUGGUUUAGUUUGUUGUGAAAUAGUUAAUGUGCCUGUAAGUGAAACAGGUAAAGCAGCCUAGGUAGUAUCCUGUUUUUAAAGAAAUUAGAGUUUUCCGCAUGCUGUGUUAUAUAUUUAAAUUUUUCUUUGUUGCAUUAAUUUUCAGUCAUCAGAGUGUGUCUUGUAAGUUGUAUUAACAGAGAUUUAUAGUUUCACUUGUUUUGUCAUGGAAGAUUUGGAAAGCGAAGAUGUUUCUUCUUGCUUAUCAAUGCCAUCAAGUUCUGCUUUAUUAGAAGACAUGUUUGUAUUGCAUAAUACAAACAGUGUCGUCAACGUUAAACUGACUCAAAAGAACAUUGUUUUGGAACACGUUUCUCCCGCAAAAAAUAAUCGCCACGAAGAGAUUGUCAUUGAGAUCAGUGACAUAGUGGGAUGCCAUAUAAUGAAAGAAAAGAAACGAACUCGAAAAGAGUCUCUUUCGUUAGGUCGUUCCAUAUUCCUGUGUUUGUAUUCAUAUCCUUUACGUUUCAGGGGUAAGCUUCUUCAGAAGCAGUUACAGCGAAUAAGGGAAACUAUCACUUUGGAAAUAAACAAACAUAAAGAAGAGGAAGAAAAUGUGAACGUUGCUAAGAGAUGGCAAAAAGCUCUGUUGUGGUUACUGAAAUCUGGUGAAAUUGUUGAUCUUCAAGGUAUCCAAGAACUGCCUCCUCAGAGAAAUCUGUUAGUAUUUGUUAAUCCACGAAGUGGGCCAGGAAGAGCUUUGCAGAUUUUUAGAGAGCGUGUUGUUCCUGUUUUAGCUGAGAGUGAUAUUAAAUAUAAGCUUGUUGUUACAGACCGUUCCAACUGUGCAAGAGACUUUGUCAAAACACAAAACCUAGCAACAUGGAAUGGGGUUGUUGUGGUCUCUGGAGAUGGCCUUUUGUAUGAGGUAUACAAUAAAUCUUCUGUUUUACUUGUGUCUCUAAGUGUAAAUAAGAAAUUGGACAAUAAUUCUUGUGGUAAAAAGUUUUUAAACUUCCAUAGGGAGCCAUAUGUUGGAAAAACAGUCAUCUCAAGUGUAUUGAAUGUGAUCCAUGGAAGGGUAUCUCCAAUGGAUUUGGUUCGUGUAUCCACAGCAAAAGAAACAGUAUAUUCCUUUCUUUCUAUUGGUUGGGGUAUUAUGGCUGAUAUUGACAUUGAGUCUGAAAAGUUGCGGGCAAUAGGAGAGGCUAGGUUUGGUUUGUGGGCUAUUGUUAGGUCUAUUGGUUUGAGAAAGUACAGUGGAAGACUUUCCUAUCUACCUGUUGAUGGUUAUUUGCCAAAAGCAACUAAACAAUUGAUAUCUCAGUACAGGAUGAAGAGAAGUGUUACUUCUGGAGGCAGUGAUUAUGUAACAACUUCUCAUGAAGAAAGAAAUAGUUCCAUAAAAAAUAAAAUCCAACAAAUGGUGAGGUCAAAAAGUUUGAAUUUCACCUUGGAAGAACAGAGAAGUAAAAAAAGUAUGAGUAAAGUAUUCAUGAAUAAAAAGAGUUCUGACUCAUCUUCACUAGAAAAUUCAAAUUCAUCAUCAGAUUUCAUGGUAGAACCAGAAAAAACAUACUUGUCUGGUGAUGAAGGAACGAUGACCCACCAAAGUGAGAUACAACCCACUGGAGCAUGUUCUGGACAAAUUGAAACAAAGUCUGUACAAUCAACUAGUUGGAGUGAAGCUCCUGAACUGCCUGUUGUAACCUUAAAUGAUGAAUCUUAUGACAUUCCAACUGUUUGUGAAAAAACAUGUAAUGAUACAGCUCAAAGUUCGUUGCUGCCACCAAUUAACCAGCCUUUGCCAUCUAACUGGGUUGUUGUCGAAGGAGACUUUAUCGUGGUGUAUGCUUCUCAUCAAACUCAUCUCGGUACUGAUGUGUUCUUUGCUCCGAAUGCCAAAUUAGAUGAUGGGUUGAUGUGGUUAGUCAUUAUCCAAGCAGGGGUUUCCAGAGUUCAAGUGAUAAACUUCUUGCUUUCUCUACAAAAUGGUAAACAUGUGGAUAUUCCAUAUGUAACUAUGAUACCUGUUCGUGCAUUUCGACUGGAACCAUUUUCUGCAGAUGGGUACAUGACAAUUGAUGGAGAGGCUGUUGACUGUGUUCCUCUACAGGCUGAGGUGUUGCCAUCCCUUACUAGGAUCAUGACUCGGUGAACAAAUAAGUAUUUCCAUGUGGUUUCUCAGUUUGACAUUGGUCAGUCCACUAUAUAUAUAUUUUUUCUAUUGUACUAUGAAAACAUAGUGUUGUCCUUUGUAAUUUUUGAUAAUUAUACAUUUGAUGCCUUUGAUUGAAGCUCCCAAUUUAUAUAUAUAUAUAUACCCUUCUGUC